CCCUGCCCCCGGGCGGGCGGCUGCCGCGGCGCGGGGAGAAGGGGCGGGCGCUCCGAGACUCGUCCCUGGGGCCCAGCGCGGGCCGGGGCAGCAGCGGCGUGAUGUCACGGCAGGGAGGGGGCGCGGGAGCCGCCGGGCUGGCGGGGAGGCGGGGGAGGUGUUUUCCAGCUUUAAAAAGGCAGGAGGCAGAGCGCGGCCCUGCGUCAGAGCGAGACUCAGAGGCUCCGAACUUGCCCGCGGAGUCGCCGCGCCAGAUCCCAGCGGCCGGGCGCGGGCACCAGGGCGGCGGGCGCAGGGGUCGGAGCCACCUCGCAGGUCCCAGGGCUGCGGCCGGGCCCCGCCACGCGCGCACACGCCCCCCAAUGACUUUCCUCCCGAGCGCGCGGCGCUGAGUCCGAGGCGAGGGCUGCCUUUCCCGGAGACCCGACCCCGGCGGCUCCCGCGCCUCCUCCCGCCGCCCCACUCCCCGCCGCCGCGCGGAUGCCAAGCACCAGUUUUCCAGUCCCUUCCAAGUUUCCACUCGGCCCUGCGGCUGCGGUCUUCGGGAGCGGAGAAACUUUGGGGCCUGCGCCGCGCACUAUGAAGUCGGCGGAGGAAGAACACUAUGGCUACGCGCCCUCCAGCGUCGGCCCUGCCCUGCGGCUGCCCACAACACACUCCUCCCUGCCGGCCCCGUGCCACGACCUUCAGACCUCCACCCCGGGCCUCGUCCUGCCGGCAGAGCACCCCGCGGGGUACGGGGCGGCUCUGGACGGCGGGCCCGCGGGCUACUUCCUGUCGUCCAGCCACGUCAGGCCGAACGGGGCCCCCGCCCUGGAGAGCCCGCGCAUCGAGAUCACCUCGUACCUGGGUCUACACCACAGCAACAGCCAGUUUCUCCACGACGCGGAUGUGGAAGACGUCCUCCCCAGCUCCAAGCGCUCCCCGUCCACGGCCACGCUGAGCCUGCCCGGCCUGGAGGCCUACAGGGACCCGUCGUGCCUGAGCCCGGCCAGCAGCCUGUCCUCCCGCAGCUGCAACUCCGAGGCCUCCUCCUACGAGUCCAACUACUCCUACCCGUACGUGUCACCCCAGACAUCGCCGUGGCAGUCACCCUGCGUGUCCCCCAAGACCACGGACGCCGAGGAGGGCUUCCCCCGCGGGCUGGGGGCCUGCAUGCUGCUGGGCUCCCCGCGGCACUCGCCCUCCACCUCCCCGCGUGCCAGCGUCACCGAGGAGAGCUGGCUGGGCGCCCGCUCCUCCAGGCCCGCAUCACCCGGCAACAAGCGGAAGUACAGCCUCAACGGCCGGCAGCCGCCGUGCUCGCCCCACCGCUCACCCACACCGUCCCCGCACGGCUCCCCGCGGGUCAGCGUGACCGACGACUCGUGGCUGGGCAACAGCACCCAGUACACCAGCUCGGCCAUCGUGGCUGCCAUCAACGCGCUGACCACCGACAGCAGCCUGGACCUGGGUGACGGCGUCCCCGUCAAGUCCCGCAAGACCACCCUGGAGCAGCCGCCCUCAGUGGCACUCAAGGUGGAGCCCGUCGGGGAGGACCUGGGCAGCCCCCCACCCCCGGCCGACUUCACGCCCGAAGACUUCUCUUUCCAACACGUCAGGAAGGGCGGCUUCUGCGACCAGUACCUGGCGGUGCCGCAGCACCCAUACCAGUGGGCAAAGCCCAAGCCCCUGUCCCCCACGUCCUACAUGAGCCCGACCUUGCCUGCCCUGGACUGGCAACUGCCGUCACACUCCGGCCCGUACGAGCUCCGGAUCGAGGUGCAGCCGAAGUCCCACCACCGUGCUCACUACGAGACGGAGGGCAGCCGCGGGGCCGUGAAGGCAUCGGCCGGAGGACACCCCGUCGUGCAGCUCCAUGGCUACUUGGAGAACGAGCCUCUGAUGCUGCAGCUGUUCAUCGGGACGGCGGAUGACCGCUUGCUGCGCCCACAUGCCUUCUACCAGGUGCACCGGAUCACGGGGAAGACCGUGUCCACCACCAGCCACGAGGCCAUCCUCUCCAACACCAAAGUCCUGGAGAUCCCGCUCCUGCCGGAGAACAACAUGCGCGCCGUCAUCGACUGUGCCGGAAUCCUGAAACUCAGAAACUCCGACAUUGAACUCCGGAAGGGCGAGACCGACAUUGGGAGGAAGAACACGCGGGUGCGGCUGGUCUUCCGCGUGCACGUCCCGCAGCCGGGCGGCCGCACGCUGUCCCUGCAGGUGGCCUCCAACCCCAUCGAAUGCUCCCAGCGCUCGGCCCAGGAGCUGCCUCUGGUGGAGAAGCAGAGCACGGACAGCUACCCGGUCGUGGGCGGGAAGAAGAUGGUCCUGUCCGGCCACAACUUCCUGCAGGAUUCCAAGGUCAUCUUUGUGGAGAAAGCCCCAGAUGGCCACCACGUCUGGGAGAUGGAAGCAAAAACCGACCGUGACCUGUACAAGCCGAAUUCUCUGGUGGUCGAGAUCCCGCCAUUUCGGAAUCAGAGGAUAACCAGCCCCGUUCACGUCAGUUUCUACGUCUGCAACGGGAAGAGAAAGCGAAGCCAGUACCAACGCUUCACCUACCUUCCUGCCAACGUUCCAAUUAUAAAAACAGAACCCACUGAUGAUUUUGAGACUGCUCCAACCUGUGGACCGGUGAGCCAGGGGUUAAGUCCGCUCCCGAGACCGUACUUCAGCCAGCAGCUGGCCAUGCCGCCCGACCCCAGCUCCUGCCUCGUGGCUGGCGUCCCUGCCUGUCCGCAGAGAGGCGCCUUGAUGCCAGUAGCCCCCGGCAUGAGCCCCAAGCUCCACGACCUUUCUCCCACUGCCUACUCCAAGGCCAUCGCCAGCUCAGGCCAUUGUCACCUGGGGCUCCCACCGCCGGCCGGAGAGGCCCCCACCGUCACCCCUGCCGUCCAGGACGUGCCCAGGCCAGCGGCCACGCACCCCAGCUCUCCCGGACAGCCGCCCCUGGCCCUGCUUCCACAGCAGGUGAGUGCGCCUCCGAGCAGUAGCCACACCCCUGGGCUGGAACACUCACUCUGCCCCAGCAGUCCCUCUCCUCCACUCCCGCCCGCCACCCAAGAGCCGACCUGCCUGCAGCCCUGCAGCCCAGCGUGCCCGCCUGCCACGGGCCGCCUACAGCACCCGCUGCCCACGGUCCGCAGGGACGAGUCUCCGACCGCCCGGCGUCGGCCGCUGCCAGAGGCCCGUGAGGACGGUAGUCCUAACUUGGCCCCUAUUCCUGUAACGGUCAAGCGAGAGCCGGAAGAAUUGGACCAGUUGUACCUGGACGACGGUGAGUGCCCGUGGCCACGCCGAUGUGUGCCCAGCCCGGCGCCGUGUCGCGAGCUCAUGGAGGAGAUGUGUGUGUGUGGCGCAGGGACGUGCAUCCCGGCGCCGGGUGAGGCGUGGGUGUGUCCUCCUGACAUGCAGUGCCCAUGUGCUGCCGCGGCACCAGGGUGCCUGCCACGAGACCCUGCUCUGGUGAUGGCGGCGUGGGGCUCUGGUGGGUCCCUUGGCUGCAGACCCCCUGCGAAGCCUGACCCGGGGUCUGAGGCUCAUGCUGCAUGCCCAGGUUUGCGACUGCAGCUGACUGCCGAGCGGCUUGGCUCAGGCUCAGGCUCAAAGCCCUGGCUAGAGGAGGCGCCGGCCUCUGCAGUUGGGGCAUCACAGGUGCCACUGAGUCCCGUGGAUGGCUUGUAGAUGACAGCUUAGCCGGGGUGGUGUGCACAUUGCACUGUGUGGCUCUGUGCACACGUCUAAUGGUCGUGGCCGCCUGGCAGGACCUUGGAGGAUGGCCAUGAUGCUGGGGGCCUGGGACGGCGCCUUCAGGCCUUGGGCGCGGGGCCUCCCUUGUCCAGGCUCCCACAGCAUGGAGGCGCACUGAACAUCACGCACCUGGGGCUGCAUGGGAAGGAAGUGGCCUCACGUCUGUGGCCAGGCGUGUGGCACGGGAACUCCAGCAAGCACGCAGUCCUUCCUGUGAGCAGUGCUGACCGAACGCCGCUGCGUUCUUGGCGAGCGUUUCUGUUUGACGGCCCAGCCCAGCUUGCAUGCGGCCACGCUGUGGUCAGGGAGGUGCCCGCAGCCCUGGUGACCACACGUUCAAGUGCGACUCGGCCUGUCUUUUCCAUCCCUGCCUGCGUGGUUUGUGUGGGGAUUGGGCUUCGUUCCCGUCGGGCGCACAGUGAGUCCUCCCGAGUAUAAGACGUUUCCCAGGCCAGGGCUCCAGCAGACACACCGGAGCCUUGCUCACUUCCUGCCCCGAGGCCUGAGGACCAGGCGAGCCUCGGCCUUCCAGGGAGGGGGCGGCAUCAGCCUCUCCUGACCUCUGGGGCAGGAUUCCGGGGCGUCUGGAGCUGGGUUUCCCAUCUGCUGGGCAGGGAGUGAGGCCUUGCCAAACGCUUUCCUGCUGGUUUCUGACUGAAGGCUCCAAGCUUUUUAAGGAGGAUGCAUGCAGAUACAUCAGCACCACCCCCCCAAAUUUUCAACUCUUGAGCCUGGAUCCCUGGUGUGUGUGUGAAUUUGAGGUUGUAUAUUUCAUGGGGCCUGGACUUUGUCCGCGUGUGAGCUUGUGGGAGUGUGUCCCGUGGAGCCUGCAGCCCCCGCCGUCUGUUUUUGGGCUUGCAGGAGUGUACCUGUCGACUCAGGAGGCUGCCGCCUCCCCGGGGCUAUCCCUCAAAACCAUACUGGUGGCCCAUGGCUGCCCCGGCCACUCUCUGGAGGUUUGUGAUGACCGUGAGUCAGGGCCAGGACCAGGUCUGUGUCCUGUGCAGAUGUGUCCUGAAGCUCCUGCUGUCUGAUCUGCCCGCUGCCCUCCUCGUCCACUCACAAGGCCACUGGAGCUCUGCAUGGGGCCAUGUCCCUGCACUGUUCCCUGCUGAGCACAGACAGAUUCUGCCUUCCCCCCCAGCCUCUGUGUGAGGUGGACACUGUGUGGGUGGACGCCGGCCGAGGGGGGCGCUGACUGCCACGGCUCCUAUCCCUCACCCCGGCCUUGUCUCACGUGGUCUCUUCCCGCCCGCCACGUCUUGUCCCAGCUGUGGCAGCCCUGGGCUCCCAUGUCUGGGCAGCACCCUGCAGGCCCAGGUGGGAAGUAGGUCUCACUGAUGUUUCUGCUGCCCGGGGGUCCACGUGUGGCUUUGUGGCGAGGGUGGAACUCGGGGCAGGCAAGACUGAGGGGGUUGCUGGGGACGAGGGCAUAUUCCAUGUCAACACAGCAGGUGAGGCUGGCGUCCCACCCCACCCAUUUCUGCCAAAGCCUCACCAAGUGGCCCGGGCCUCUCAGGCCUUGGUCCUAGAGGUCAAAGCUAAGUGAGCCAGGCCGGCCUUGGGGGCCACGGAGGCUGGGCUGUCCGAGCACACAGACUGCUGCAUGAGUGUGGAUGUGACCGUGCCUUGGUGGCCCAGCUGUGCGUGGACAUGGAGGGAACGGGACCCGGGAGAGGCGAGUGGGGUGCACGGAUGGCCCCUGGACACAGGGAAGGCUGAGGCUGGAGUGCAUCUGCUGUGGGCCUGGGCCUGGCCUGCAGGUCCUCUGAAGGUGCCCGAGGACACGCCCCGUUGGCGCCUCUCCUGACCACCUAUGGGACCCUGGAGCCCCUGACGUACCCGCUGUAAAGCGCUUGUUCACCCCGUUUAAGAAAGUUUAUCUCCCCGAGUCCUGGUGCCCCGCCCUCGGGACACGGAGGACAGCCCUUCCCCUGGGUGAGCUCACGUCCCGGCAGGCCCCUCUCCCCAUUCAUCACACUCUGGGGCGCGGUGAUCUUCCCAGAAGUCGGAUCUCGUGGGCCACAUCCUGUUCAGAAGCCCCAGGGGUUUCUGUGUUGCCAAAGCAGAGUUGGCCUUGGAGCCUGGCACCAGCCUCCCACUGCCCCGGUCCACGUACGUCUUAUCAGGCCCAAGGCUGGCCCCGGAGCCUCGAGCACAGACCCCGAGCACCAGCCCCGCACGCUCUUCUGGGCACAGUUUACGGUCCUGUGUUCAUUCUGUUUCCGUAAUAUGGGGCCAGCCACACACAAGCAUUUUGGUUUAGCGUAUGGCACUAGGCAGUGCUGUUUUGGGGGUCAGGUUGGGGUGGAGGUCGAGACAGCUGUGCAGACACCUAUCUGUGCCGUGGUGAGCGUCGUCCAUUUCAUCUCCACCUGCAAGGUCUCUCGAUGCUCAGCCAGGACCACAGGAGCUCAGGCUUUGGGCAGCUGGAAGCAGCGUCAGCCAUGGCCUGGCCUCCUGUCCCCGUGGACAGACAGCCCCUCUUCAUCCUUCAGAGGCGGGCAACUGGGGCGGGUCGCAGAGGAAGUUUUGCUCAGGGUGGGUGUGAAGGGGAGGGGUGAGUCCUAGGGGCUGAGAGAGUGCAGGUGGGCGGACCCUGGUCAGGCGAAGGCUUUGGGUCAGGGUGGGGGGUCCCUGGUGCAGGCCUGACAUUGCUGCAACCCCAUGAGACAGGCACCAGGCCGUGGGCUCCAGGUCCCUCCUGAGCAGCUGGGGGCAGGUCUACCCACUCUAGAUACCUGUCCCUCCCUGGUGAAGAGCAGAUUCGACUGUUUAUUGCUCUGUUGGAGCUGAGUGGUCAAAGCCUUCACUGAGAGUGAUGUGGGCCAAGCCGUUUCCCGAAUCUUGGGUGGAUGGGGCCAUAGAUGGGGUGCUGCCUGUCCUUGUGAGAAGAUGGCUGGAGCAUCCCCCAAGAUGGCCGGGAAGGGUCCUGGGUCAGGGUUGAGUCUGGGUUGGCCCUUCUCCUGCAGAUGACCUCUGGCUUGCCCUGAGGUGGAACCCUCACCCCAGGCUCACAAACACCAUGACACAAACAGAGGUUGGGGCCCAGGCUGGGCUGGGAAAGCCUCAUGCAGGACGAAGACCUGAAUCACGAGGUGGACCCCUGAGUCCCCCAGACCCCAGUGAGCUCCAGGGAAAUGUGGGGGGCCACGCAGGGGCCACCUUGAUGAAAGAGGCGGGCUGGGGUGAGUCUGGGUGGUGCUGGUUUAGUUAAUGUAUAUUUUGUCUAAUUUCACAUUCCCUGAGAGAACUGGGCACCUCAGCACCCACCCUGGGGCUCAGCUGCUGGCUUAGAAAGCGGUGACCUGGAGUGGGGGAGCGGAGAGGAGUGGGGAGCACAGGGCCCCCCACCAAGGGACAAUCCCAGCACCUGGCGAGGGAGUAGAGAUGGGACACAGAAACAGUCACGAAACCCAGAUCAGAAGUUGGCGCGUGCGUGUCACGUGUCCUCAGUGGGUGGAAAGUGGCCACUGUUCGUGUGUGUUUAUGCAACAGGCGAGGGAGGAACACUGGGGUGGGAGGAAGCAGAAGAGAAGUCAGUGCGGCUGGGGCAGGACUCAGAUACCCCGGCCAUGUUUGUAAACAGGCCUAAGGGACAGGCGGCCGGGACCUGCCGGCCACCCUGAGCCCCGUGAGGCGCCUGUGGCAGGAUGUGGCAUCAUAGGUGAUGGAAGCCCCUCUGGAUCCUGGUUCCCAGCUUCCCUGGCUUCUCUCUGCCAUCUGCUGGCCCCGCCGCUGCCUCCAGGGCCAGCAAGCCUGGCGUGAGGUGCGGAGUUAGCCUUCAGCACCCUGCAAACCAAACAGCGGUGCCUUGUAGGUGAAGGGUCCGGGCCAGUGCCGGGACGUCCUCACGGGGCUGGAGACCCAGCCCUGACCCCUGGACACCCAGCCGUUUUGAGGGGCUUCCCUCUGCCUGACCAGAACCAGAGCCGUGGGUCGGUGAAUCGAGUCACUUCAGGGCUUUGCUGCUGGCUUCACGUGCGCCGCUGGGCAGAGGCAGCCAAUGCGAUCUGGGGCUCCUCCCGUGCGCAAUGAUGCAGACACUGGCGGCCCAUGAGGACAGAGAAAGCUUAUUUUGUGUGUACAGGUUUUUCACUUGUUUUGUUUGGGUUUUGAUUUUCUUUUCCAGGAAUGUAGAGUUAAAAUGCAAUACUAGAAUAUUGUCCAGUUGCAGAGUGUGUGUGGGGAGGGCACAGUGUCCGCGUUUGCAUUCCCAAGGGGUCUGGGGAGGACGUUUCACAUCACAGUCUCCUCCCUGGAAGCCUCCGCUUGUCCACAGGAACCUGAAGGUCACGCACGACCCACGUCCUGUGUGUCUUAAGGAAUCCAAGCCUCAAAAUGACAAACAAAGCUGGAUGUGGUGGCUCAUACCUGCAAUCCCAGCACUCCGGGAGGCUGAAGCAGGAAGAUCACCUGAGGUCAGGCGUUCGAGACCA